AGUGACUGCGCUGAGGAGAGCAUUGUGCGACGCCAGAUCGGGGGGAUCGAAUGGAAUGAUGAAAGUGCUGAUGCGGCGGAUGCAGUCGGGCUUACGUAGUCGGCGGGGGCGGGGGCCGUUGUACUACUACUACGUCGGUGUAAACAGGAGGAGGCGCGGGCGAUUAAAGAACGAGGCGAAAAUCGCUCUCGCUCUCGGGAAGCCCUCGUGAAGCUGAGGAGUGCUUCGCCCGCUGCCCCAAAGCAGCCUCGCGCGAAUGGAUGGGGUAAUCCGAUCGCAUUACGUGAUUCGGCUGCCUGAGGGACACCGCAACCGCACACUCCAGACUAUAGUGGCUCUGUCUUUCCCCUUUAUACGACGCUCGCCGAUCUCCGCUACGAACAAAAGGGCCUCAAAAGCAGUGCUGGCCCCGCUGCGGCCGAAAUCUGCGCGAAUAUGGGCCUCCGGCCGGGGGCUGGGGGCCGGGGGCUGGGAGGCGAAGCCCGUGCGGUCCACCAGCCCCUCGCUGGGUGGGAGUCGUCUCCGGCAGCUGUGGCUUCUUCUUGCGGGACAAGUUGCAGAAGCGGACUCGCUCUCAGACGAGGAGGACGAGGACGAUCAGGAGCGUUCAGGAGGUUCGAUCCCCCACCCGCACCCCCUCUCCCUCCCGGGGCUGGCGCUGCCCCCCAGGAUGCCAGAUCCGAGAGUGGAAGAAGAUCGAAGGUCCGCGCUCAGGCCGAGGGGCUGGGGCUGGGGCUGGGGGGAUACCCCCGUUUUCUUUCCUUUUCGGUCAGUGGCUGGAGAAGCCUCCGGCGAUGUGGUACUGUUGGGUAGCGGUCGAGGGCCCCGCAGCAAAUCUUGGUGUGAAGAUGUUCGGAAGCAAGUGUCAUGGAUUUUUGAUACAUUUGAUUGUUUCCAUGCUCGGCUGCGAAGCCGCGACCAGCCGGCUGGCUCGCUCGCUCGCCGGCUGCCAGGCAGGCAGGCAGGCAGCGGCAGCAGGUGCAGCAGCAGCAGGCGAAGAAGAAUAUGUACGAGGCCCCUGUGGGGAGGGGAGCCCGCGUACGAAACAGCAUAUGACCUCCUGGAGAGCGCACUUAACUUGCCUAACUUCCUCUUCCUUGAGGCGAUUGAUUAUCUAGUUGCACUCGCUAGCGGAUUAUGAUAACCUUCACUCCACAGAUCAUGCCUUUAUUCCGAGGAUGUGACCUGCACCCGUGUUCAAGUUGGAUCACUUUGGGUAGGGCAUCUGCAAUCCGGAUAGGUGCCAGUCGAUUCUUACGCAUGAUUCAAUUUGUGUGUGGAU